GUCGUAAUACGGGUGGGAAAAGAGUAGCGCGAGCAGACGGCGCGGCUCGUGGUGGGAAACUAAAGUAGAGGGAAAGAGCUUCACAGCGUAAAAAGCACCGCCAGGAAGUGUCAAGGCUGGACUGGAGCGCUCAGCCCAGCUGAAAUACAAGCACACACACACGCACUGCCCCAUCCUGCCACUGCACCAGAGCCCACGCUGUCCACAAGUGCCGGCUACCGAGGAGAGACCUUCACCGCAGAGGGAUACGCUGCAGAAAAUGGAGAGCAUCACUGCGUUUCUGGCUUUACUGAUGUGCCUCAGCGCCGCAGCCUCAGAUACCCAUUCAAUAUGUGAACUAGAUGGCAUUUAUGGGGCCCAAAAUGCGAUCACUGUGGAGGCCUUAAUGGAAGGGUGCUGGACAAGCUUUUCCACAAAGGACAACAGAGAAGUGCAUAUUAUCAACCUGCAGUACACGCAACCUACUGAUGGACACAUAAUAAUGAGUAUAGUUUCAGAAGUUCCAGCCAUCUUGAUCUUCACCAGCACAGUGUCACCGAAUAUCUACGCAAACGUCAAGCAACCAGCACACGAUCUAAACAUUUAUGUGACAAAUGAGACCCAUAUAACCUUCUUUGGGGUAACUAUGCAGACAGCACCAAAUUUAAAGGGAAGUGAACUGCUCGACUGGGCAAUACAAACGUUUGGAGGGGUCACAUCAUUCACCAAACUUCAAGAUGCAGUGAACCUCACAGUGACCAAAAACAAAGCGGUGGCAGUGUCCCCUGCUUGCCAGCUAAAUCUGGAAUCCCUAAAGCAGAAGACCGUUUUCAAAGUGGAAUCUAAAAAGGAUGCAGUUCAAUCUUGCUUUUUCGACAGUUCUCCGGACGAGCUGCAUAUCAUCAAUAUUCCCGACAGUGUUACCAUUGGUAAUGUAACAGUGGAUGUUGACCCUUCUAAAGUUAAACUGGUUCUGAGGGGCCCCAUUGGAACCACGUGGCAAGUCACAGCGAAGGAUGCCGUUUUGCUGUCCAACAACCUUGUACUGAUCAACAAUAUGAAGGCAGGACCAAUGAGGAACAUCUCAGACGAUGCCAGUGAGAUCAAGCAACACGCAUUCACUUAUUACAAUGGCACAUCCAUCAGCAGCUACACAGAGAUUCGCUUCAACAGCCCAACAAUCAAAGUGAAGAUUGGCCUGAGAGAGCACCCUGCAGUUACAGACAGCCCUCCAAUGAAAAGCACGACACAGUCUUCUGGAAUGUACAUGGAGCUGUUCAACUCUUCAGACUAUGCAUCGCCAAUGGACCCCAGCACCCAAGUACAGGCCAACAAGAAGAUCUAUGCUCAGAUCUCCAGUCAUGUCCACGGAACUCUGAACAUGAUGAUCGAAGUGCAGGAGUGUUUGGUGCGCUCUAAAGGCCUGCAGGCGGUGGAGUGGAGAAUUCCCUUUAAGCACGAGCCCUGCAGCCCUAAUGGCUGCAGCAACAGCGCCAGGUUCAGCUUCUCCUUCGACGUGUUCCAGCAUCUGCCCUCCAACAGUUGGGAUCUAGAGUGCAGGAUCAGGCACUGCCUUACAAACUCCAUUCAUUGCACACCGCCUAUGCUGGUAAGGACGAACGUGCAAGUCACCCAGACGUACCUUCCACCAAAGAAUUCAUGCUUGGAGUUUGGCCUCCCGUCCGUCCUGGGCGUCGCUUUUGGAGGGUUUCUCAUCGGAGUCCUGCUCAUCGGCGCCCUGUGGUUCAUCAAAAUCCGAACAGGAUAUCCUGCUGCUGUGGGUAUAGGCUCUACAGGGACCCUUCUCUCAGGAUGUCCGUGUUUUCUGACCAAGCGUCGGCCGGUGCCAACUAACCCCUCUCCCUCUGAGAACAGCAGCGCCAAUGGCAGCAUGGGCAGCACCCAGAGUACACCCACCAGCAGCAUGGCCUGAACUGAGCCCACCAACUCAUCUGAUCUACUGCCCCAUCCAUCCAUCCAUUCGUCAAUCCAUCCAGAGAGGGACACAAACAUCCUCCUCCUCUCUCUCUACCAAACACUGUAGCAACCCAGGGGUGGGGGUUCUGGGGUGGGGGGCAGCAGGGCUAAACCUGAACUAGGACCUUUAACUCCCACCUCUCCAGCCACCCAGCGACAGGAAGUCAGCAGGAAAAAAAGAGAAAAAGGAAAAAAACCUUGGCUCCCCGAGACAGGAAAAACAAAGCAUAUCCCCCAAGAACUAACAGGAAAUUCGUCGCAUUCUUUUCAACAGAUUGCGCCUCUUGGAUGGAGGCACAAUAAGAUUCCACGAAAAGAAAAAAAAAAGAACUUUGAGGUCGACUCAGGGGAGCC